AUGCUUUCUCGCACGCCUCGUGCCGUCGUCUCCGUCGUCCGUCCCUCUCUCCACGUCGGCCGAUUCUCCACGCCUGGCGCCAUUCACAGCCAAACCCAGUCGAAACCCGUCCGGAAUCAGCCUGAGCUGUCUCGUCGUGGCUUCCACUCGACUCCUGCGAUCCGCAAGGGCAUCUACCCCGACUCUGCUGACCCGCCGGCUCCGACACCGCAGUCGCACAAUGUUGCCGGUGCAGCGGUCCAUGUCACGGAGCCAUCGCCAUUGACGGACCAGGAAUACUACGACUACUCGGAACACUAUCUCAAUGUUCUCCAGUUGGAAUUGGAGAGGAUGGGAGAGGAGGGCUCGGAUAUCGAGGCGGAGUAUAGUGCCGGUGUUAUGAAUGUCCUCGUCCCCGGUGUUGGCACAUACGUGCUGAACAAACAGCCUCCGAACAGACAAAUCUGGCUCAGCUCCCCGAUUUCCGGCCCCAAGAGGUACGACUGGGUAGUGGAAGGCGACCAGAUGCAUGAGAAACAGGACACGCGGCCCCCCAACGGACAAUGGAUCUACCUCCGCGAUGGAUCAAAUUUGACCGACCUUUUGAACGAGGAAUUGACCAUGAGUCUGCCAAAGGAUAUCUACAGCAACCUCGGGGAGCUGUGA